AUGGAUGCAACCACGGAACUUGAUAAGAUUGAAGCAAUAGAAAUGGAUUUCCCGUUAAAGCAAGCAAAAAAACAAGAACAAGAUCUUCAUUCGGUUUCUGCAAACAUGAAGAACCUUCGGUAUAUGGAAUCGAUAGGGGAUCCUGCAAAAUAUUUGUUUACUGACCUUCCACUAAGGGAGCUUUGCUGUCUUAUAUUGUCCGCAGGCUCUCAAAAGCAACUUUGGGAGGGUUGUAAGGUGCUCCCAAGUUUGAAGUUAUUGGAACUUAGCCAUAUGAAUAAGCUAAUCAUGACACCAAAUUUUAAUGGACUUCCAAAUCUUGAAAGAUUCAUUCUUGGUGGCUGUCUGUGUUUAGAAGAAAUUCAUCCAUCAAUUGGAUGCUUGGAAAAGCUUGUUUUCUUAUCUAUAGAAAAUUGUCGGAGUCUUAAGAUAUUUCCACCCAUUAGGGGAAUAAAGAAACUCGAGAUCCUUGAAUUCACAGAGCACCCCAAACAUGUUAAGUUUCCAAAGAUCCACCAUCAGAGGAUGGAGAAUUCAACACAUCUUGAUUUGGAUGAUAAUAGUGGGAGCGAAGUUGCACCCUACAUAGAAUCUAGUACAAACUAUGUUGUUACUUGUCUGAGGUGUGGUUGCAGUGAUCUUCCUGGUGUGGAAGGUUGUGUAGAGGGGCCUUGUUUAUGUCGCAGCAUAUUCUUAGUUUUGUUUCACAACUUGCAAGAACUCCACUUCUUAAGGAAGUUGGAUCUGAGCGAGUGCAAUUUGGGAGAUGAAGAUAUAGGCUCUGAUGUUUUGGAGUUGCCCAACUUGCAAGAACUCAAUCUAUUCAGAAAUAAGUUUUCACAGUUAAGUUUUAGUUGCUUGCAAUUUCCUCGGCUCAAAUGGCUCGACGUGGCAUUCUGCAAAGAACUUGUAGAAUUGUCAGAGCUGCCACAAAGUAUAGCUAUUGUUAGAGCGGAUUGCUGUGACUCACUUGAAAGCUUUGGAGAUAUCUCAAACUGUAAAUGGUUGUGGAAAGUCUCACUUUGGGGGGCUUACAAAUUAGGUCCACGUGUUGGUGAGAUAUUACUAGGCUCCAUGCUCCAGGGGAAUGCUAUUGAAGAUCAUUUUAUCAGUUUCACCAUUCCAUAUCAGAUUCCAAAGGGGUUUGUAGGGAGGUUCUUUAGGGGAAAAACAUUUACAAAGCGUCUCCCACAUGUUAAAUGGGACCCAUAUAAAAGGCAUAUUCAAUCUGGUGAAGAAAAGUUUAGACUGCGUCUUCCAGAUGAUUGGUGCAAUGACUUUUGUGGGUUCUUAAUACGCAUUAUAUUCCAGGACACAGAUAUGGAGAUUGACAUAAGCAUCAAGAAGGAUCCAGAUGAAGAAGAUUCUCGGUUUGAGAUUUGGCAUGAGUCUAAUGAAACACGAGAGCCUGAAUCUGAUGGAGAAGUGAAGACAUCUGUGGGAUAUGUUUCCUUUAAUUCAUUGAGGCAAACCACAUCAUUGAAUUCAUCAUACAGUAUUAUUUCAUUUUCCAUAAAGAGCAAUUGGACUUCGUUUUCAGUUGAGCUCGUUCCUAGAAAAAGUAAAGAUGAUCCCGUGCAAACAACCAAAGUUGCAACAGAUUGCUCAGAAUUUUGGCAUGAGGAAAAUGAUGAAUAUAAAGCAUUUAUGAUCCAAGAUAAUUCAAAGUAUUCUAUCAAUAUUAUAUGGAAAGCUUAGAAAAACAUCUAACAAAACCAUACACCCAUAGGACGUCUGUUGACUCUUUCCCAGUUCGUAUAGUCUGAGUGACUCUGAACUUAUGGUUGUGAUUACACUGCAUACAUCCAGAAACAAAUUGCAAAUUGCAAAGGGAGGAGAACAGAUGUCCUGAAGAUGAUACCAUAAAAUAUUUUGAGUAUUGAGAGAGAAUGCUUUGUAUAUAAACUUUAAGCUAAUUCAUAUGACUACACUUCGUAUUUAUUUAUACAGGAAAGGAAAGCACCACCUCUAUAUCAUAACUGCCUUUAACUACCACAAUAUUAUAGUCUAACAUAAUACAGCAAGGAAGAAAGAAGAUGCAAGAUCAGAAUUAGGUUUAUGUUAUAGAAAUGCUCUAAUUGCUCUCGAUGAUGUCAUUGACCUUGACCAAAUAGAGGUGCUAGGUGGAUUACAUGAUUGGUACGAUGAGGGGGCUAACAGUAAUCACGACUAGAAAUUAACAUUCACUGUAAAUCACAUGGUAUACAUGAUGUGAUGUAUGGUGCCAGCUUAUUAUCACAUAAUGAUGCUAUUCAGCUCUUUCAUAGACAUGCUUAUCAGGUAUAUUCUAUCUCAACACUUGCAUCAUUUUAUUUCUGUAUUGCAGGCAAAGGACAAGAUUAAAAGAGAUAAUAAAUACAUAAAAGGUCUUCAUCACGUUUUUCUAAGCUUGUUAAAAACAAGAAGAAGCUAAGUAAGGUCCCUUCUAUGUGCUUUUCUUCUUUAAUUCACCAACAAUGUUGAAGGGCCCAAUUGUCUUUCUAAUGAGUUGCACCUUCUUUGUUGGUCUUGUUAUCCUACAAAAUUCGAUAGCCAGUUUCCAACCUGGGAAGCUUGUUGUUCUACAAUUGGAUGGGAGCUAGCAAAAACUAACUUUGGAACCAAUAUCUAAGUGUUAUUUGCAUUGAAAUUAUUUCGUAUGUCAUCAUACCUUUUACGAAAAAAAAAACUAAAUCUAUUAAUUGUAAAAUAUAACUGUUAUAGGUAUUGCUUAUUUGGGAUUUAUAUAAAUAUGAGACGUUUUGUAAAUGUAAUUUUCACAGUGAUAUUCAACCCUUCAGACAUUAUUUUCUUAGCCAAAAUGAGUUCGUCCCACAAGUUAUUCGUAGGUUCUUUUUUUUUUUUUUUUUAUGUUUAGGGUCGUGAAAAAUAGUCAAUGACAUUAACUAGUACAUAAGAUAGAGUAGAUAAAUUAUGGUUUAGAUUUUCCCUAAGAUAUAAACCUUUAUUGGUUGUUUAAUUUAAAGGCAAGAAGUUAUGUAUAGCAGAUAACAUUUGUUUAUCUUUCCAACAUCCUGACUUAAAAUACUUUUUAGAAAUAAUUGACGAUAAUAAUGUUACGUGCUUGCUAAACAUUGUUCAUGUUAUGUGUUCAAAUCUCUAUCUUGUAAUUAAAUGGUGUCCCUAUAGAUCCUAGAAACUAAUAUUGUGGAAAAGGGAUGAAAGGGGUCAAAUGGAAAUCUAUCGCGUACGAGAAACAACAAUCAAGAAGUGCUAAUCCUAAAAUAUGUUAGUGAUUUGAAGAUAAAACUUAAUAAUAUC